AUGAGCCUGAUGCUGGAGACGCUGCUGGGCCCCCCGGGGGGGCUCCGCAAGGACCCGGGCCGGCUUCCUCCGCGCUCCGCCGCUUCGUCCAGCGGCUUCUACUCGUGGCCAGGCCCGGUGGUGGGUCGGGCUCGGGGAGCGGCAGUAGUUGGGGGAGGCGGCAGUGGAGCCGCUUCCUCCACCGAAAGCCUGGACUCGCUGAAUGGCGAACCGCGGGCGCGGAAUGAGAAGGAGCUGCUGCAGGUACUGAACGAUCGCUUCGCCGGUUACAUCGAGCGGGUGCGGGCUCUGGAGCAGCAGAACCGGGCGCUGGCGGCGGAGGCGGCGGCACUGCGGCAGCAGCAAGCGGGCCGCUCGGCCAUGGGCGAGCUGUACGCCCGGGAGCUGCGCGAUAUGCGGGGCACGGUGUUGCGGCUGGCAGCGGAGAAAGGGCAGCUCCGGAUGGAGCGGGCCCGCCUGGCUGAAGAUGUGGCCGCUCUCCGGGGGAGGCUGGAGGAAGAAGCCCGGCAGCGAGCAGAGCUGGAAGCGGCUGCCCGCGGGCUGGCCCAGAGCUCCGCGCAGGCGGAACGGGCUCGGGGCCCGCUGGAGGAGCGAGCCCGAGCCCUGCGAGAAGAAGCGGAGCUGCUGCGGCGGCAGCACCGGGCGGAGGUAGGAGCGUUGUUGCGGGGAGCCCGACCCGAACUCCCUGCCGAGCCUCCGUCCGCUCUCCGCUCCGGGGUCACCGCCGCUCUCCGUGACCUGCGCGCUCAGCUGGAGGGGACGGCAGCCCGCAGCACUCUCCAGGCUGAGGAGUGGUUCCGUGUGAGACUGGACAAGCUCUCAGAGGUGGCCAAAGUGAACACAGACGCCAUGCGCCUGGCCCAGGAGGAGAUCCUCGAGUACCGCCGCCAGCUCCAGGCCAAGACCACCGAGCUUGAGGCCCUCAAAGGGACCCAGGAGUCACUGGAGAGACAGAGACAGGACUCAGAGGAGCGUCAUCAGGCAGAUGUCCUGUCCUACCAGGAAACCAUCCAGCAGCUUGACAGUGAGCUGAGGAGCACUAAGUGGGAGAUGGCAGCUCAGCUCCGGGAGUACCAGGAUCUGCUCAAUGUCAAAAUGGCCCUGGACAUUGAAAUUGCUGCCUACAGAAAGCUAUUGGAAGGGGAGGAAUAUCGGAUGGAGGCUGGCAUUGGGAUGCUCUCCUUCCCUGAGGUGGUCCCCAAAGCUCCUACCAUCACCACAAACAUCAAGGUGAAGAGUGAAGAGCUGAUCAAGGUGGUGGAAAAAUCUGAGAAGGAGACAGUGAUUGUGGAGGAGCAGACAGAGGAAAUCCAGGUGACUGAGGAGGUCACAGAGGAGGAGGAGGCUGAGAAAGAGGCUGAAGAGGAGAAAGCUGAGGAGAAAGAGGAGAAGGAAGAAGAAGAGAAAGCUGAAGCAGAGGGUGAAGAAGAGGCCAAAUCUCCUGCAAAAGAGGAGGCUAAGUCCCCAGAGAAACCUGAAUCCCCUUCAAAGGAGGAGGCCAAGACUCCAGCAGUCAAAUCCCCUGAAAAGCCACCAAGCCCCUCCAAGGAGGAGGCCAAGACCCCAGCAGUCACAUCCCCAGAGAAACCUGCACCUCCCUCAAAAGAGGCCAAGAGUCCAGCUGUGAAGUCUCCAGAGAAACCUGCAACCCCCUCAAAGGAGGAGGCCAAGAGCCCAGCUGUGAAGUCCCCUGAGAAGCCCCCAACUCCCUCAAAGGAGGAACCCGAACUUCCAUCCAUCAAAUCCCCAGAAAAACCCUCAACCCCCUCUAAAGAGGAGGCCAAGAGCCCAGCUGUGAAGUCCCCUGAGAAGCCCCCAACUCCCUCAAAGGAGGAGGCCAAGACCCCAACUGUGAAGUCCCCUGAGAAAGUCAAAUCUGCAAAGAAGGAGGCCAAGUCUCCACAGCAGGAACUGGCUCCAACCAAGGAGCCCACCCCCUCCCCUCCAAAGGAGCCAAAAGCCCCUGCAAAGGAAGAGGCACCAAAGGAGGUGAAGGUUCCCUCCAAGCCUGAAGAGAGCAAGAAAGAAGAAGCUCCCAAGAAGGAUGUCCCAGCAAAGGUGGAGAAGCUCAAGGAGGAGAAGGCAGCUGCUGCGCCAGAGCCUCCAGCCCCAGUGAAAGAGACCACCAAGCACAGCCCCAAACCAGCAGAAGAAAGCAAGGCUGAGAAGGCUCCACCAAAGCCUCAGCAGGAAGACAGCAAAGCAGCUGUGAAGAAGGCGGAGGAGCCCAAGAAGGAGAAGAAGGCGGAGGAGCCCAAAAAGGAGAAGGCGGAGGAGCCCAAAAAGGAGAAGGCGGAGGAGCCCAAGGCUAAAGCAAAACCCAAAGAGGAGCCCAAAGCCAGUAAAGAGCCCACCAAGGCUGAGGCCCCUUCCAGCAAGGAGGCCAAAGCCCUGGAGAUGGUGCCCACGGCGGGGAAGAAGUGA